AUGUCUGCGUUCCGUCUCUCAAGCUUGGCUCGUGCCGGGCUCAUCUCCCACCGAGCCCAAAUUCGCUUCUACUCUUCCGGCAACAAAGCUGGCAAUGAAGGCGAGGCGGUUGUGGGACGCGUGCAGGGUUCGAUCGGCAAAGCGGUCGGUUCCGCUGCUCAGGAGAUGAAGGGUUUGUUUCGACCGUUGAUCGAUGCUAGUUAGUCGUCUUUGCCGCCGGGGCAUCGCAGGGGUCUUAUGCUGGACAUCUUGCUCUAGGCAGAGGGCGGGGGGGGAGGGAAGCUUUUGAGAUGGGCGCACCAACGAGCAGGAUGACUCCUGUUUUCUACAUUCAGAGCUGUCCAUUGGCCAUCUGAGCUGACUUGAUUUACUUCGCAUCCACAGGCCGAGGCAAGGAACUCAAGGCGUCAAGCAAGCAGGCUGCCGCAGAUCUCACUGAUCAGCCCUCAGGCGCAGCUGACAACGCAGGCCAGUGAGUCAUCCAGGUCAUUGUGAUGACGGCGCGCAUCAAGUCGCCACAGUUGUGAAUGGUCUUGUUGACAAAUGCCUUGUCAUCAUUCAAGGCGCGCGACAUCUGUCGUUGAAGGCAUAAAGAAGGGCGUAAACAAGACUGGAGAAGCAGUGGACGGCUCGGGCAGAAAGCACGAGUAA